AUAUUUUUGGCAAGGUAGUCAUUAAAUGUCAAUUUAACUCGCCUUUCCGUCGCGCACGCGCACUCGCGCACGUGGUAAGCCCAGGCUUCAUAAACAAGCCGCUGCCACUUUGUUGUUCAGUGUUUCCUCUGAUCCCAAACCAGUGCAGCGGCUCAGUAAAGAUGGCACUGGCCGACACAGAGCGCGGAGUGUCUAGCUGCGGCGACUCGAGCUCCCCGUUUUCAGAGAUUAUUGAGUUGAAUGUCGGCGGGCAGGUUUAUGUUACCAGACAUAAAACUCUCAUCGCCGUCCCUGAUUCGCUGCUGUGGAACAUGUUCAGCAAAAAGUCCCCAAGGGAGUUGGCGAGAGACAGCAAGGGGCGCUUCUUCUUGGACAGGGACGGGUUCUUGUUCCGCUACAUCCUAGAUUAUCUCAGAGACCUGAACUUGGUCCUUCCGGACUACUUCCCCGAGAAAAGUCGACUGCAGAGGGAGGCUGACUUUUUCCAGCUGCGGGAUCUUGCCAAACGCCUCAGCCCCCGGGUGAGCAAGGAAAAUUCAAUCAGUGAGGAGAUCAGCCAGAGUGACACGGAGGAAGGUGCGCAGCAGUGCGGCUCCUCCGGCGGCACGGAGACUUUACGCACCAUGUCAGUCAGCGGGGCCAUGCGCUCCCCAUCACUGGACUCCAGAAAGUCGGGCUAUAUCACGAUAGGAUACCGCGGCUCGUACACCAUUGGCAGAGACAUCCAAACCGACGCCAAAUUCAGGAGAGUGGCGCGCAUCACGGUUUGCGGGAAGACGUCUCUGGCCAAAGAGGUGUUUGGGGAAACACUGAAUGAGAGCAGAGACCCGGACAGGCCCCCGGAGAGAUACACAUCCCGGUACUAUCUGAAGUAUAAUUUUCUAGAGCAGGCAUUUGACAAGCUGACAGAGGCGGGCUUUCACAUGGUGGCCUGCAGCUCCACAGGCACCUGCGCCUACACCAGCAAUGACCCCAACGAGGACAAAAUUUGGACAAGCUACACUGAAUAUGUCUUCUGUCGGGAAUAACAAACAGUAAACAUGUUGAUGUAAAAUAGACAUUCCACAGUCUAGAGGAUUCCUUUACAAAGUAUUGCAUUUGCUGUUUUUUAAUGGUAACAUUUGUCAAAGGAGAGCGACUCCAAAAAUAUCGCUCCAUUAUUCCAAGAAUAGUGAAACAGAGACAUGAAAAUGAUCCUGAGUAGACUGAAAGACCAACAAGUGUUAAAGUUUGUCAAGAGAAUAUUAUGAAAUCUGGACGUUCAAGGUGAGCGGAGCAUCACCUGAUUUGACACACCCAUCCAAAGCCCCACUGUGUGGAAAACACCAACAAAACGCCAACGUCUCCAUCUCAUGGAACUGCAUGUCAGUGUUUCAGUCACAUCUGACUCAGUGCUGUGUGAAUUGAAUGGGAUCCAAGAACAGUCAAGCAGCAGUUAGUAUUCAGUGUCAAUGUAACUUCUAGGCCUGCCUGAUCACAUGUGUGAAUACAAGUUUUGUAUUAUCUCAUAGGUUCUACUGCCAUGAUUGUAAGUGUAUGUGCUUGCUUGGUAGAGUUGUAUUUGUUUAACCUGUUCAGAUGAAAUAAAAUCUGUCUGCUAGUCUUAGCCCUUUGCCAAUCAUCCUGUCUUCUUUAACAUCUGUGCAGAGAGAACAGAACAACAAAAUGCUGGCAUUCAUCUGCCCCCAGCCUUUUAAACUUUACUCAGUGGGGAAUCAAAGCGUUAGCCUCAAAGAGAGAUGCCCUACACACAAACCUCAGUUGCCAGCUCGACAAAAUCUGUCACACUGUUUUAACUCAGAAGGAGCUACUCGAAAGUGAAAUGUAAGAAAUGUAAUGUGUCUGUACGUCUCACUGUGUUUGUGACUGACUUACAAAAUCUUGACCAUGAACUUUCCUUGGCUCUGACUUAGCCUAUCACUCCUGCAAGCUGUCACUUCAAAGCAUGAUGUUUAUUGUCAAUGGAGCUUUGCCCUGUUAUUAAAGCACACGAGCAAAAAACGUCUCCAUCUGAAUGUAGUUAGCAUAUAAAUAUUGCAAGAGAAUCUGUUUCCACCUAUCUAUUUUGUCACACAAAUUCAGCUGCAUGCCUUGUGGAUGCAAAUAGUGCAGCUGUGCACACAUGAUGCCAUUAUCAUUCAAGUGUAAAUAAUGAAAAGGUCCAGCUGCACACAAAUAGGAGGGUCCAGUCUGCC